AUGUCCUGCACCCACUACUCGCACUAUGGCCUCGUUUCGGACCCUCUCGCGGCUGGCAAUUGUAAACUACCCCAACCUUCCAAGGUCCUGCUCACUAACAAGAGCGUCCAGGCCGCCGUGCUUCUGGCCGUCUCCCUGCCCUACCUGCAGAGCCGACAAUAUCCCCUCACCCUCUUUCUCAAGAAUAAGCCCGAGAAUUUAGAAGAAACCAACAAAUUCAGCUCAUCAGCGCUAAAAUUUGCAGACACUGGUGUUCGCAAUUGCGAAGAUGGUAUUAUCGUCGAGGAAGACGCGUUUGCGAUCCUGAGCUGCGACCCUGGGCGGGAUCUAUGGAAUACGGUGAUGGGCACGUUUUAUCCGCAAAGAGAGAGGAUCCCUAAUGAUCUGGAGAUGCAUCAGGACGAAAAGAAAGACGAGGCAAAAGUCCUGCAGCCGAUCGUAUUCACCGAUACGCCCGAUGACUUUUCGUUCCAUCCGCUGGGCGUUGAGUACCGCCGCGACACCGCUACUCUGUUUGUGUGUAACCAUCACAUUGAUGGCUCCCGUGUCGAUGUCUUUGUUCUGGAUGCAAAGGGAAAGGUGCCUGUAGCUCGACACGUUCGGUCCGUGAUCCACCCGCUGCUGCCCGGGCCGAAUUCGAUCAUUGCGCUGAGCGAUCACGAGCUUUACGUCACGAAUGACCACUAUAUGCUUCGGAAGGAACACCCAUUCUUGUCGCUUUUUGAGACAUACGCCGGUAUUCCCGGGGGCACAGUGGCGUAUGUGAAGCUUGGCGACGACAAGGAGUCCGUUGAAGUGAGGACUGUUGCACGAGGCCCCUUUGUGAACGGGGUGACUCUGCUGAAUGAGACGACACUUGCCGUUGCUAUUUCGGCUGCUGCGGAGGUUCGGCUUUACCGGCGGCUGCCGGAGAACGGAUUGGAAUUCCUUCAGGCGAUCAAGAUGCCCUUGUUGCCGGAUAAUCUCUCAACAGACAAAGACGGGGCGCUCCUGAUCGCAGGACACCCGCAUCCGCCAAGCCUUGAGAAGGCAGUACGCAAGAGGAGAGAGUGUAUUGAUGCGCAGGGUCUCGUGCCACAGGACUGCUGGAAGUCCACGGCGCCAUCGUGGGUGGCCAGGUGGACGGCGGCAAAAGGGGUAGAAAAUCUGUAUGUGACCACCAGUGGGUUCGGGUCUAGUGCUACGGCCGCCAAGGAUGCAGUCAGGAAUGUGGGCAUAGUCACCGGGCUGUAUGAGAAUGGGAUCUUGGUGUGGAGGGAGUAG